AAGUAAACAAAGUGAACCCGUAAAUUCGAGCGCCAAAUAAUCAGGUCUUUCUUCAUUUUGCAAGAAAUUUCAACUACGCGUAUUGUUUGUAUGCAUUCGAUUUUACUCUAAGUUAAAAUUACAAGAUCUUUUAACUACAGCUUAGUAUAUAGGUGUUUUUUAAAGUAUAAUCAAAAUGGAUGAUCCUGAAAUGCGACGUAAAUAUAAAAAGUGCAAGUAUGUGGUGAAAAUGUGGGAAAAAGAUUUUCAGAGGAAACACGGGACAAUACCAUCAAAAUAUGACAUACAUGAUGCGCCGCGGAAAAUUCGUGAUGCCUACAAGUUAUAUUUUCAACUAAAAAAGACUUUGUUCGAAGAAACGGCAAGCGACAUAUUUUCAGAAGAUGGUUUCGAUCCUUCGUUAGAGAUUUCUCAAGAUACGUCCAACGCUUCACAACAUUUGCCAGAACUCCCUGAUAUGACACAGCCUCUUAAUGUAUGGGGUGAUGAAGUUAGCAAUAAAACUGUAAAGACGGAAGAGCGAAGAAAGGUCUCUCCACCUACGCUGUCUCUUAAAACUAAUUUAAGUGCCAAACUUUUUUCAACUGGCUCGUUUUCAAAAAGGAACCCACGGAAGUCUUUAUCAAGAACCACGUCACUUCCUGGAAAAACAAUUAGUAAUCUAUCAUUUAGUAGUGAUGCUGGAAAGACCGUUCUACCUGAUUUGGAAACAAUAUUGAAUGAAAAAUCUGCACAAAAAGCAACUGAUCCGAUCUCUACCCCAAAGUCAAUUAAAGAUAAAACUAUUACCAACAACUUGGACAGGGGAUGGCUGAAUCGGCAUCUAUCUGAUUCUAGUUUAUGCGGUUUCAAUACAGUGGAGACUCCUACCACCAGUGCUUCGAAGUUUGGGCUUUCAAAUAUAAGUGCGGAGUUAUUUAGACAUGCGAGCAGUCCGGCCCCAGUAUCGGAUUUAUCACCUGUAAAUGAAGUAAAAACAGUUUCACUCUGCAAUCUUUCCAGCAACACCCAAUCCCCAAAUUCAGUGACCGAAAGCAAACCAUCUUCCGUAGUUACAUCUCCAAAUGGAGUCUUGACGAGUACUGAGAACCUGAAGGUACCUCCACCAGACAAUAACAAUGACUCAGAUUCAGUUAUAGAGAAUAGUGAGGAUGAAUCUCCAAAACGAAGAUUUGAAAUAAUUAGACCAGCUUUGAAACGUCGCAAAGUCGAAAUUGAAAAUGAGGAUUCUUGCACUCCAAUAGUGAAAUCAGUGCCAACGAAAGUAGCAACUGUAGAAGAAGACGCAAGACCCGAGGAUUCACCUGAAAGUCCCCCAAAAAUAAAACAAAAAAGGAAGACAGUUCGAAAAGCUAAAACAAACAAAGAAGUUUCAGAUGACACCGAAGACGAAACUUAUGAGUUGAAACCCAAAGCAAAGAAGAAAGCUAGUCAAAAAGCCAACGCUCGAAAGUCUAAAAAAACAGUGAAGACUGACAGUAAACCGAAGACUGCAAAAACGGGGAAUUUGCGCAAAACCCCAAAACGAGUCGCGAAGAGUAUGACUAUUUUACCCGAAGAACCAUCUGAGGAUAUUGCUCCGGACUGUAUUGCUUUCGCUGUGGAUACCAAGCAAUUAACCUGUUUGCCAAGUGUGAAUAUAAAAGAAUUGGAUGAAGCAGAGCAAGUUGUGAAACGAUAUAUAAGUGAUAUUAAAGAACCUAGCGACUCGAAGAUGGCCAUAAAAAAGGACCUCAAUCCCCAACUGCGAGAAAUAUCCGCCCGAGAUAAUCUUGCUGCCAAAGUGGCAUCCGGUCGAGCAAACGAGAAUUUUGUCCGGAUUAAUCUGAAAAAGAAAGUUUACGCUCGUGGAAAGAAACAUAUGACUUAUAGCAAGUACAAGAAAAAUAUUUGGAAGCAAAAGAAAGCUGCAGCUCUUUGUGGUCCUGAAAUGGAUAUGCGAGGAUGUGAUGGUGGAAUAUUAUCGUGUUUCAAAUGUGGAUUACCGGGACAUUUUGCACAGAGGUGUCCCAAUAAAGGAGACAAUUUAUUGUCAUUGGAAUCUGUUGAGGUAGACGAAAGCCCGUUUCCUACUUUGGACGAAGCGGAAGAAAUGGCUAAAGAAAAAGCAUUGGCCGUCCAUAGUAAGAAUAUUGAAAACUUGCCACCUAGUUCAAAUAAAAUGAUCUACAGAUUCUCAUCUGAAAAAGAAAAUAUAAAUAAGGAAGUUAGUGACACCGAAACUGUAGAUAAUGACAUGGAUGAUGAGGUCAUGGAACCUGAAGUGCCUAAUCCACCUGAAAAUCAUCAAGUGCCAACAUAUAUUGGACAUAAAAUUCCUCAAGAAUUUCUGGAAAAGGCAGGACUUCUGGAAAAUUCUAAUAGCAACUUCGAAAAAGGGCCAUUGUAUCAGUUGAAACCAAAUGGUGAAGUAAUUGAACCUACUAAAGAAGUCUAUGAUGUUCUGAAAAUGUUCGGUCAUAAGAGCUUCAGGAAAGGGCAAGAGAAGGCCAUAAUGAGGAUACUGUCAGGGGUAUCGACCUUAGUUACGUUAAGUACCGGAAGUGGAAAAUCGCUCUGUUAUCAAUUACCCGCGUAUCUUUACAGUAAAAAACGAAAGUGUAUCACAUUAGUUGUAUCGCCUCUUGUGUCGCUUAUGGAAGAUCAAGUACAUGGGGUUCCUGCGUUUUUAAAUGCACAAUGUCUACACACAAAUCAAACUCCCACUCAACGACAAAAUGUGUUAGAAAUGAUCCAUCGAAAUGAAGUUGACGUUCUGCUUGUUUCCCCUGAAGCAAUUGUUGCUGGUGAAAGAUCUACUGGCUUUGGGUCGAUUCUACGCAGCUUACCGCCUGUUGCAUUCGCUUGCAUCGAUGAAGUCCAUUGUGUCUCGCAGUGGAGUCAUAACUUUCGCCCAAGUUAUUUAAUGAUUUGUAAGGUAUUGAAAACGAAGCUUGGUGUGCGUACAAUCUUAGGGCUAACUGCUACUGCCACAUUUCAAACAAGGGAGAGCAUCAUUCAACAUUUAAACAUACCAGAUGGAGUGGAUGGAAUCAUUACUGAUAUACCGCUUCCUGACAAUCUAUUCCUUUCUGCUUCAAAGGACGAGCAGCGAGACUAUGCCCUAGUUGAAUUAUUAAGAAGUCCUAGGUUCGCAGAGUUGCAGUCGAUCAUUGUUUACUGUACGAGGAGAGAGGAAUGCGAGCGAGUGGCUGGAUUCAUUCGAACGUGUUUUCAGGACACUAGAUCAACCAAUUCCAAUACCGGUAAAAGAAAACGCAUAAAUUGGUGUGCCGAACCCUAUCAUGCUGGAAUGGCGGCCUCUCGUAGGCGAACUAUUCAAAAGGCGUUCAUGCAAAAUGACUUAAGGAUAGUAGUAGCAACUGUUGCAUUUGGUAUGGGUAUAAAUAAAGCCGACAUACGCGCUGUGAUCCAUUACAAUAUGCCAAAAACGUUUGAAAGUUACGUCCAAGAAGUAGGAAGAGCUGGUCGUGAUGGCUUGCCUUCACAUUGUCAUUUGUUCCUCGAUUCGAAAGGUUCCGACCAAAAUGAACUCAGACGCCAUAUUUACGCGAAUUCCAUUGACCGACAUGUGAUACGGAAAUUGUUACAGAAGGUGUUCGUGUCAUGCUCGUGUAGCAAAAACAUCGAAAAGAAAGAGUUCGUUGAUGAAUAUGCCAAAGAAAUUGAAGCUGUUCAAAUGAUUGACUGGGAUGAUGAUUUUUCUCGGGCAACGAAAACAGUAAGACAGCGUAUAUGCCCGGGUCACGAAAUUGGUAUUCCUGUUGAGAAAACUGUUGAAUUGCUAGAUAUUCCCCAAGAAAAUAUAAGCACUCUGCUCUGCUAUCUCGAAUUAGACGGGCGUUGGUCCUUAAGAACUUUGAGCAACGCUUACAUCAUGUGCAAAAUUAUUUCCUAUGGAGGACCAACACAAAUAAAAAAGGCAGCAAAAGAAUGUCCUCCCUUAGCCAUGGCUAUUGCUCUUGAAAUCAAGAAAGGAAAGUUUGAUGAAACAGCAAACAUAUUUGAAUUUUCCGUAAUAGAAAUUGCGUCAGCAAUUGGCUGGAAUAGUGGAGUAGUGAAGUAUCAACUGAAGAACUUAGAAUGGACGACAGUGAAUGACCUACCCAAACGAUCAACGCUGACUGUUAACUUCUAUGAAGUUGGAUUUAGAAUUCAAUCUCCCGGCGACUUUACCGAUGAUGAAUUAGAUGAAGCUUUAGAUGUUCUCUAUAAUAGAUCUGUACAUCAAGAAAAAACCCAACUAGCACAGCUACAACAUGUUUUCGAAGGCUUAUCCUCUGUUGCAUACAAUAGUUAUGCGCAAUGCGCACAAAGCGGAUGGUCUGGUGAGCCUUCUGAACGAUUGAAGAAUAUAAUUAGAGAUUAUUUCAAACAAGACAUUGCAUUAUCUGUUAAACCAGCAGAGAAGAUCGAUACCUCCCAUGAUGACUUAAUAAUUCAUAAUGUCCGCGAUAUGAUUAAUAUGUAUCCCGAAAAUAAUUUUACUGGACGGUCAUUGGCAAGAAUAUUUCAUGGAAUACAAAGUCCCAAUUAUCCAGCACUUAUGUGGAGCAGAUGUAAAUAUUGGCGAGCCCAUUUCAAAAUCGACUUUAAUCAUAUUGUAAGUUUGGCUAAUGCAGUUAUAGUUCAAAUGCGGAGGUAGUGUAAGAAAAGAACUGACAAUUGUAUGAAUGUAUUUAUAAUAUAUGAAGAAUGUA